CGCUGCCGGCCCCUCACGGCCCUCACGGGCGGCUGUGCGCGCAUUUCCUCGCCGGCACACACACACACACACCCAGAGCGCGCCUCCGCCUUGGCUGCAGACAUGAGACUCCAGCUGCUGCUUUGGAUCGUGGCUGUGCUCCUGGCGAGCCUCCUGCCAGCCUACGGACAGCGGCCAGCCAACCUGGCCCUGCGCAGGAAGCUCCACCGGCACGGCUGCUCCCACCGGCGCUGCAUGCCGCUCCACUCCAGGGUGCCCUUCCCCUGAGCCCCGGGGAGCGUGGCCAGAAACUUCAUACAGGACUUUUCAGUGUUUUAAAGGAGCAACAGUUAAACUGAUAAGAGAAGUUUGUCAAAAGUCCAGAUCAACAACAGCUGACCUGAUAGCCACCACACUCCCAUCUUCAGCAGUCCUGUCUGUCACAUUCUACUGGACCUGGACUAAAGGCCCCUGUCUCACAUCCUAAGAAGUGGUGGGGGGAAGAAGUGUGGUGAUGGGUGAACUUACGUGGUUGUAUCAUUCCCUGCAAAUUAUUUGGCUCUCACAAUGAGUAGUGAAAGUUAAAGAUGAAAUCAAACAUCAGGUAGAUUUUGAUCUGAGCUAGAUUUCCAGUGGCAGUGAGAAGGAAGGAUUUGUCCCAGGCCACUCUUGAUGAUAUAUAAUGUUCAGACUGAGUGAAAUUGAAAGUGCUGUUGACUACCCAGUUCAGGCUGUGUAUAGGGCAGUGUUUAGGAUGAAAUAGUAUCAGACUCCAGCAUGGAAUUGUGAAAGUCUAUUUUUUUGUUUAUACUUUUAUAUAUUAAUAAUAUAUACAUGUUUUAACAUCUAACAUUACAUCUUUAUGGAAUUACCUUAAUAAUAACAUUACUGUAAUAGUACCAAAGUCAUCACCACACUUGUGGUUCCACUGGCUUCCCGUAUAGUAAGCAUAGUAAGAGUUUACAAUAUAAGAAAGCAAAGAGAGUGUUAUCCCUCAUUCUGUAGAUAGAGAGUUGAAGCACACAGAGAUAAGAGAUUAGCCAAGGGUCAUGCAAAACUGAUAACUCAGAUCUCUCAAGCCAGGCCUUAAGGUCAAGCCCAUCCUCCUGUCUAAUGAGCUGUUACUGUGAAGUCUAUAAUUUGUUUUCUUAAACUGGGCUGCCAAACCAGACAGUUAAAACCAGCUUGAAAAUUCAGUACUAUAGAGCUAUUUGCUUAAUAGUAGUUUUCCUAAAAUAUCUGCUGCAGUAUUAUAAAUAGACCGUAAAAAUAGACCAUUGAAAAUAAACCUUUGUUUGGUCAGCCCGAGUGUUGCAUAGCACUCUAUUCCUGUCAUUUAAAUGAAUGGGAUAUUUGAACAUAGCACUACAAUGAAUGAAGACCUCAAACAGAAAACAAGUUGUUCUUUUCUGCACUGGAGGUCAAGAAAACCUUGAGCUUUUAGUCUGAGUUUUGUUCUUAAAAAUACAUGCAUCACAUCUGCCUUUUAUAUCAGCAGAAAUUACCUACCUACAUAUAAAGGAAAAUGUGGUAGCCCUUUCAUUAGCAUAAAUAAACCAACCUGAAAACAAAAUAUACCCAGAUUUUUAAAUCAUUGCACUAGACUUGAAAUAUCAGCAUUUUUUACAAAAUAUAUAAAGACAAUCAAAGUUCAGAAGUGUUGUGGUUUAAAUCUGGUAUUACAAUUUUUUUCUUACAACACAUAGUCUCUAAUUAAUGAAAGAACAGCAAUCAAAAAAAUUAGAUAGUUGAAACUUUCUAAUCAGUGUGCAUAUGUAACCCCUUAUCUCUAAGAACCUGAAACCUUACUUGAAUUAAUACUGGCAGAGUUUACCAGGAGUUACAAAUUUCUCUGUGUGGGAAAAAAAGUAUAACAUCAGACCUAGUUCUGGAGUUGUGUAAAACCAUCAUAAAAAGAUGGUCAAACUUAUCAAAAUCAAUAAGCAGUCCUGCAGGUAAACCUUUGGAGUCUUGAAAAAAAAAAGCAGUUUCCCAAAGAGGUAUUCUACCACUUAUAUGUAUAUAUUUAAAAUUAUUUCUUUAACUUGGCUUUGAGAUAUAUCUUUGGCUAUACAGGUACAGGUAAAGAGUGUGGGAAAGCAAGAAAGGUGAAGACUAGCUAUUUAACAGUUAUGACUUAUGAAUGACUAUAUGGAUCUAUUGUGGCAUUGAAGCUUUUAUAUAACCACAGUUAUACAAUUAACUUUUGAUAAAAUUGUAAAAAAUACAUAAUGUAUCUACCAGAAAGCUAUAAAUGCACGUGCCUUCACAGAAGUAAAAAUAAAACAGCACCCUAGGAAGCCUGCUGUCAGUCUACAAAAUUAUUUCUUUAAAGGCAUUCUGAUACCAUAAAAUCUGCUUUGAAAAAGGCAUUGACUGUGAAUUUUGAUAGAUAUGUUUAUCAGCUAGAUGGUUGAUUGUAUAUUUUGUAAAAAGAUAGUAUGCAUUUCAAAUAAUAUCUUAUUCGAAAUAAAUUUUGUACACUCCUCAAAGUCUGUAUUCUUCAGCUGUCAAAGGCAAUGCAUCUAAAGAAAAUUGAGAAGUUGCUUAUUUUCCCUGUGGAUUCACAUAGAACCAGUGUUUAAAAAUUUUUUACUCAAUUUCUGACACAAAUAAAUGAUAGUUAAUCAU